AUGAGGAAGCUGUCAGGACUACAGCGGGAUGUGUGCUCGCUGUACAGACUCGCGCUCCGGGAGAUCAGGAAGAAGCCCCAGGAGUCUCAGGCCAACUUCAAGCAGUUCGCCAGACAGGAAUUCCGCAAGAACAUGGGCAUCAGCAAGAAAGACUUCACAGCCAUUGAGUACCUUCUGCGACGAGGCCGGCGCCAGAUCGAGAUGUAUUCUUCUCCAGGAAUCAGGAAUGUUCUAAGGUGA